ACGCUAAACCGACGCAUCUUACUUGCGCAUUUGGUGGAAGCAGUAGGUCCGGUUUGGAUAUGGCGGGCACUGAGGGAAAGGUUAUUAAAUGUAAAGCUGCUGUUGCCUGGGAGGCUGGAAAACCUCUGUGUAUUGAAGAAGUGGAAGUUGCUCCUCCAAAAGCCCAUGAAGUUCGAAUUAAGAUAAUCGCCACUGCUGUGUGCCACACUGAUGCCUACACUCUGAGUGGCUCAGACUCAGAGGGCGUGUUCCCUGUUAUUCUCGGACAUGAAGGAGCUGGCAUAGUGGAAAGUAUUGGAGAGGGAGUGACCUGUGUCAAAGCAGGGGAUCGAGUAAUUCCACUUUACAUUCCGCAAUGUGGGGAGUGCAAGUUUUGCCUGAAUCCCAACACCAAUCUCUGCCAGAAGAUCAGGGUGACCCAGGGCCAGGGCCUGAUGCCUGAUAAGACCAGCAGAUUCACCUGUAAAGGCCAGCAGCUUUACCAUUACAUGGGGACCAGCACCUUCUCUGAAUACACUGUUGUUGCGGACAUCUCACUGGCUAAGAUUGACGACGAAGCUCCACUGGAUAAAGUUUGCCUACUAGGCUGUGGGAUAUCCACUGGCUAUGGUGCAGCUAUCAAUACGGCCAAGGUUGAACCAGGCUCUACUUGUGCCGUGUUUGGACUGGGAGGAGUGGGUCUGGCAACCAUUAUGGGAUGUAAAGUCGCUGGUGCCACUCGGAUCAUUGGGAUUGACCUCAACAAAGACAAGUUCACAAGGGCUAAGGAGUUUGGUGCAACCGAAUGCAUCAACCCCAAGGAUUAUGAUAAACCCAUUCAAACUGUUUUAGCUGAAUUGACUGACGGUGGUGUGGACUACUCCUUUGAGUGUAUUGGUAACGUUGCUACCAUGAGAGCUGCCCUUGAAGCUUGCCACAAGGGUUGGGGAACCAGCGUGAUUAUAGGGGUAGCACCUGCUGGACACGAAAUUUCAACUCGGCCCUUCCAAUUGAUAACAGGCCGCACUUGGAAAGGAACUGCUUUUGGAGGAUGGAAGAGUGUUGAGAGUGUGCCCAAGCUUGUAAAAGAAUACAUGGCUAAGAAAAUAAAGGUGGAUGAGUUUGUGACUCAAACGCUCCAAUUUGACCAGAUCAACGAAAGUUUUGAGCUGUUACAGAAGGGGAAGAGCAUUCGAAGUGUCCUCUCGUUUUGAGGUUGAUUUCUACAAACCAGUGCCUUACCCGUCCAGUGGAGUCUUAUCGCGGUUUGGAAAGUAGUUGUUCUGAAAAUUGCUUUUAAAAAGAACUUCAAUAUUGUUAGUAUUUAACAGACUUUAAUUGUGCUCUGUUAAUCCCAUCAUUAACUGUUUAUCCAGUUCUAGACCCUUUUCCACAUUAAACUAAUUUGUGAAAAGUAAA